CGUAUUUAGUUCAAUGUAUAGAAAAGAAACUAAGGAAAAUAAUUGUCUAUUCUUAUUAUUAAAACAAGAUAGGCAAGUACGUGGUUCUAGUAAUCUUUAUAUACAUAAAAAUAUUAAUGGUUGGGUAGAGUAUACUGCUCGUAGAAAGUGGUGUUGUCUUUAUAGCCAAAAUUCUCUUAAUGAAGAUAAGGAAUUGCAAUGGCAAAUAGAACUUCAAAAUUCUUUAUAUAUUUGUAAAAGUUCAAUUUUAGAUAAAUGUCAUCUACUAUAUAAUACUCUUUAUGUUUGCAAACUUAUUUCUUGCAACUCAUCUAUUGAAACAAACUAUUAUGCUUGUACAAAAAAAGAUCAAAUUCAACUUUGUUAUUGGUGUGAAACAAUGGAUAAUUUAUCUAAUUUGCCAAGAAUAUUAACUAAUAGAUAUAAAAAAGUUUAUCCAUGUUGUAAAAUAUAUAAAGAAUCAGGAAAAGAUCAUUUUAAUUAA